CUUUUCUUAGUGCCUAAAGUGUCUGCAAGUGGAAAUCCAGAGGAAGACAGAGAGAAACUGAGUUCCUGACAAUGCAUUCACUAAAGAAAGUGACUUUUGAAGAUGUAGCUAUUGACUUCACCCAGGAAGAGUGGGCCAUGAUGGACACAUCCAAGAGAAAGCUGUACAGAGAUGUGAUGCUGGAAAAUAUCAGUCACCUGGUGUCCCUCGGGUACCAGAUAAGCAAAUCCUAUAUAAUUUUGCAGCUGGAGCAAGGAAAAGAGCUGUGGCGGGAAGGAAGAGAAUUUCUUCAAGACCAGAAUCCAGACAGGGAAAGUGCCCUUAAGAAAACACACAUGAUAUCCAUGCAUCCUAUCACCAGAAAAGACGCCUCCACCAGUAUGACAAUGGAGAAUUCUCUCAUUCUGGAGGAUCCUUUUGAAUGUAAUGAUUCAGGAGAAGAUUGCACUCACAGUUCCACAAUAACUCAGUGUUCGUUAACUCAUAGUGGAAAGAAACCCUAUGUCAGCAAACAGUGUGGAAAAUCCCUUCGUAAUCUUUUGUCCACUGAACCACAUAAACAAAUUCAUACUAAAGGUAAAUCAUAUCAGUGUAAUCUAUGUGAAAAGGCCUAUACUACUUGCUUCCACCUUAGACGGCACUAGAUGACUCACACUGGGGAGAGGCCAUAUGCAUGUCAUCUAUGUAGAAAAGCCUUCACUCAGUGUUCUCACCUUAGAAGACAUGAGAAAACUCACACGGGACAGAGACCAUAUAAGUGUCAUCAAUAUGGGAAAGCCUUUAUUCAAUCCUUUAACCUUCAAAGACAUGAGAGAACUCACCUUGGAAAAAAGUGUUAUGAAUGUGAUAAAAGUGGGAAAGCCUUUAGUCAAAGCUCUGGCUUUAGAGGAAACAAAAUAAUUCACACUGGAGAGAAACCACACGCUUGUCUACUAUGUGGGAAGGCCUUCAGUCUGUCUUCCGACCUUAGAUGA